CACCCCCCCCCUCUCCCUUCGCUCCAGGGCCCCUCUGGCAGCCCGGCAUAGAGCCGGCGCCGGAUUCCCGGCGCACACCGCUACCUCUGCCCCACCGGGUCAUGGUACCGCGCAGGCUCCUACGCUGGGGCGGAAGAGAGGCCCGGAACCUCCGCCGUGCGGGCGUGUAACGCUGCGGACAGUCGGGUUGCACAGCACCGCGGCGCGGCAGGCCGGCAGUCCCCGCGCAUGUGGAGCCCGCUCGCCCUGAGAUAAGUAUUUGAACACAGCACAUGUAUAAGUAUGCAGUCUGCUAAUACACUCCUGAAAAAAAUUGUAAGGAGUUCUGUCCUUCCAUUUGCUGCACAGCAUGGGAUGAAAAAGGACUUCUUUCCACUCAGUAGAACUCUGAGUUUAUCAUUUUGUGUGAAACAGGACAAUUCAUGCAGUCCCUCAGACAAGAUAGACUUAGAUGGAUGGAAGAAGGUCAUGAAGUCUGGGUUGCAAGAAGUCAGUGAGACGGUCUCUGAGCAUAAGGAGCUUUCCACUUUGGCUGGUGCACGUGAGCUUUUGGACAUGUGGAGGCUAGCUGGCAGAUCUGUUCCAGAAAAUAUUACUGAAGAACAGCUGAAAAUCUUUGUAGAAUGUCCUUCCAAGUCAUCCCAAAAGAAAUAUUUAAAGUACUUGUAUCUCAAGGAACUAUACAAGAAAAAUGACAAAAGAAAGAUGAUGGAGAAAAGGGAAAGGAAGCUGGAAGAACAAGAGCAAGAUUCAAAACUGGAUAAUACCAAAAAGAAUUCAAUUAUUUAUUUUCGGGCCAACAUCAUGGAUAAAGCAUGCAAUUGGAGGGUUGCUCAGUCUAUGAUCUUUGGACAAUCUCUAGUAUUUGACAUGUCUUAUGAAAAAGAUAUGUCCAUCCGAGAAGUCACAAAUACAGUGAAACAGAUAGUGUUAAGUGAAAGCUUCAAUCGAAGAUCUGUGGAUCCAUUCCACAUCUACUUCUGCAACCUCAAGGAGGACAGCCUGUAUCAGAAGGAAUUUAUCAAGCAUUACAGAGAAGCGUGGGACAGAUUGCUUGUCACUGCAACAGAUCAGUGCUACACAGAAGUGUUUCCCAAGGAUAAGCUUGUCUAUCUGACUGCUGAUUCUCCCAAAGUAAUGAAAACAUUUGAUCAUGAUAAAAUUUAUAUUAUUGGGUCAAUGGUUGAUAAGAGCAUAAAAACAGGAGUCUCUUUAGCACGGGCAAAGCGACUGGGGCUGGAGACUGCAGCCCUUCCGCUGGAGAAGUACUUGCUUUGGAGCAGUGGUGCUAAAAAUCUCACACUGGAUCAAAUGAUGCAUAUUUUACUGACCUUGAAAGAUACUGGAGACUGGAAAAAGGCUUUGGAAUUUGUUCCAAAAAGGAAACAUAUUGGCUUUGUAAACAAGCCUGUCCAUGAACUGAAAAAAACCUUAAGCCUGAUCAACACACUUAAACUUGGAAAGAAACAGGAAGAAAUACGAAAGCAGUUUGCCAAGAACUAUUCAAAAAAGCUAACAUAAAAAGUAUAGUAAAUGGAGCAGAGAAUGACUUUAUGGGCAAACUGUGCCAUUGAAUGUUCCAGUAUUCUCAGGAAUUCUGGAAAUGCCUUCAUUUCUGAAAACAUGCCUUUGUUGCUAAAAUUUGAGAGAAUAAUUGUUAGGGAUUUUUUUUCUUAGAUUACCUUAGUAUUCCAGCUGUUUAUUCACGGUAUUGAAAUUGUGUAAUGAGUUAAUGUUACCUGUUCUACAGAAAUUGUAUCAGUCUGUUCCUUUGAACUGUGUUGAGACAGGGGUGAUUAUAGCAAAGCAAAGGCUCUUCAAAGGCUGCGUCAGUGCUCUGGGUUUGCAGAGAAGGGAGGCCAUCCACAGUCUUUCUUGAAGUUUAGCUGCAACAAAAGUGAAGAGACCUCUCCAUAAUUUUCUGUAAUCGUAUUUUGGUGUGUAGAUGAACUGCCCUUUAAUAGCAUUAAAUAAAUAGAAUUAAAAACAAA